AUGGAUUGGUUCUCUUGGUUAUCGAACACCAGCAUUGAGCCAUCACUAGUAUACGAAUAUGGCCUUUCCUUUGCUCGCAAUCAGCUCCAGAAGGAGGAUUUAACUUGCUUCGACCAUGAGUUUCUCCAGAGUAUGGGCGUUUCAGUGGCCAAGCAUAGGCUGGAAAUACUAAAGCUUGCCAAGAAGGAAGUUGGAGGAGGUCGUAAUACCCUCUCCAGGCUUAUUUUGGCGAUCAACAAUGCCAAGAAAAAGAUUGGCAGGCGGAUUCAUAAGUGGGUUUUCCAUGAAGUUGGAUCCACAAAGGCAUUUCCGGAGCCAACCCCACCUGCUCGUUACCAAGAGCGAUGGAAAGCAGCAUUGAAAGGCAAUUACGAGAGUGGAAAGGAGUUUCAGGCAGAGAGGAUGGCAAAAUCUGGGCCAUUGCCAUUGGUGCAAGACAAGUUGGCUGUCACAAAUGGAAGCUUGAAGCUGUCUGGGCCUCUGAACACUAACAUGCAAGACAGAUUGCUCUUCACUUACAGGAGCCCAGUAUCUUCUGGUCAUCUGGAUGGACCUAUAUACGCACAUAGAAGUCCAAAGUUAUCAGGGCAUAGACGACCUCCAAGCCCAAGGAUUUACACAGACCACGGCAAGAGCAAGGAAAACUUUGGCGCUAAUUAUGAUGAUCAUUCGUUGUGGGCAGCACAUUUUCAAGAUCUGAGACCUACUUGA